GAUUAGGUGAGUUUUGGGCUUUGAUAUAAUAAUAAUAAUGCGUUCAAAGUGUAGCCCAAUCACUAGAAUUGAAUUUGAAACACCCCAUGUGGAUUCAUUGGUUAUUUAAUUAAAAUUGCAGAUACACAAAAAACGGCGUUCGAACCCCCCAUUACCCCCCCCCCCCCCUUCCCACUACUUCUCUCUUGGCGACUCUAAAUCUGUACCACACCACGCUCGUUUUUAUAUUUAUUUUUGGACCUUAAUUCCACAUACUCCUUUAACUCCUUUCCUUCUUUCUUUCUCUCUUUUUCAUCUUCUUUUUUUUUUUAUAUAUAUAUUUUCCACUUAAAAUGCCACCUAACACGGCAUCAGAUAUAUUGUCAGAAUCAACACGCCCUUUGAUAACACAAGACAAGUUUCAGGAACUUAUAAAGGGAGGUGACAAAGUAUUCAUAUACGAGUCAAAGGUAUACAAGGUCAACAACUUUAUUGAAAAGCAUCCUGGUGGAUCAGCAGCUAUCGCAAGUGCUCUUGGUAGGGAUGUCACUGAUGAGAUUCGUUCCAUGCAUCCCCCAAAGGUUUAUGAAAAGAUGAUCAACUUGUAUUAUUUGGGUGACUAUAUGCCAGAUAUCUCUACGCGAAAGUUGGCGACCAAGCCAAAAAAGACACAACAAAAAACUGAACAACCAGUGCUUGAAUUGUCUUGGGAAGGAGGAAUGAGCGUAAAAGCAUACGACGAUGCCAUUGAAGAUUUACAUAAACAUCACGCAAAAGAUCUUGUCGAAGACUCUAAAGCUCAGCAGGACCUGGACAAUAUGAAAAUUAGAGAAGCAUAUCGCUCGUUGGAACAAGAAAUACACUCGCGCGGAUUAUUUGAAUGUAAUUAUUAUAAAUAUGCUAAAGAAGGUUGCCGAUAUACUACUUUACUCUUUUUGUCCCUGUGGUUCACUUUACACGGUACUCAAACAUGGCAUUAUAUGGCUGGUGCCGCUUUUAUGGCGGCUUUCUGGCAUCAACUAGUGUUUACUGCUCAUGAUGCUGGUCAUAAUGGUAUUACGGGUAAAGUGGAAAUUGAUCAUAUCAUCGGUGUCAUCAUUGCGGAUUUUAUUGGUGGUCUCAGUAUCGGAUGGUGGAAACAUAGUCAUAAUGUUCAUCAUAUUGUAACAAAUCACCCUGAACACGAUCCCGAUAUUCAACAUUUACCCUUUUUCGCCAUCACAAACAAAUUCUUCAACAACCUUUACUCAACAUAUCACAAGCGCGUUCUUCCGUUUGAUGCCGCUGCAAGAUUCUUUGUUAGUUACCAACAUUAUUUAUAUUAUCUCGUAUUAUCAUUUGGUAGAUUCAAUUUGCAUCGGUUGUCUUUUGUGUAUCUUUUGACCGAAAAAAAUGUUCGUAACAGAAAACUGGAACUAUCUGGUAUCACCGUCUUCUUUAUCUGGUUUGGUACCUUAUUAUCGUACCUUCCCACUUGGAAAAUCCGUGUGGCCUAUAUUUUUGUUUCAUAUAUGCUUACAUUCCCCCUUCAUGUACAAAUUACUCUAUCUCACUUUGGUAUGUCUACCGAAGACAAAGGUCCCAAUGAAUCUUUCCCUGCCAAAAUGUUGCGUACAACCAUGGACGUUGAUUGUCCAGAAUGGCUGGAUUGGUUCCACGGUGGUCUUCAAUACCAAGCCGUUCAUCAUUUAUUCCCCAGAAUCCCACGACACAACCUUCGCGAAUGUGUGCCUCUUGUUCGCCAGUUCUGUAAAGACGUCGGCCUUCAUUAUUACAUGUACAAUUUCUCAACCGGUAACGGCGUUGUUCUUGGUGGUCUCAAAUCUGUCGCUGACCAAGUUACCUUCAUGAAAGAAGUGGCGAAAAACAAUGCCGAAAUAUGGUCUGGCGAGAAACAUCAUACUCAUUAGUACUCUAUAUGCACUCACAUACACAAUAAAAAAAAAAUCCCUGUAUUAUAUUUUUCUUAAAAAAAAAC